AUGGUGAAGGAUUUCGUCCACCAAUCGUCCUACGACCAUUCGUGGUCGUCGUGCGUCCGCGCCUACUUUCUGCGCUACCCAAACCCCAACGCAUCACACGUUCUGUCAGUCGACGUUCUCGAUCGACGAAUCGAGUACCGGCCCGUCCGCAGCAGCUCUUCUUCAGCCAGCACGUCAUCCGUAACGCUCGACGAUCUCGAUACCGCCUCCACCAUCCCGGUCCUCUGCACAACCCGUCUCAUUCUCAAGCGCGGCAACUUACCCAAAUGGGCGCCCUCAGGACUCAUGAAGAACGCCGAGAGCUAUGUGAUGGAGGAGAGCGAGGUGGAGCUCGACCUGCUGCCGCCUCGAACCAAGACGGAAACGAGUCUCAAGGGACGCACGAAGAACGGCCGCGCGAUGCGCAGCUGGACACGCAAUCUCGACCACACGACGGUUCUCGCUGUCACCGAAGGGCUGGUGUUCAAAGAGCGCUUCGGUUUCAUGCCCUCUCCGCAGACGACCGCUGGCUGGCGAUCGUACUGCAAAACCCUCACCACUGCGCAGAUCGAGUCGCAGGUGAGCUUCGGCAUCCUCCGGCGACGAAUUGAGAAGUUCGGUCUAGCUCGAUUCGUAGCGCACAAAGACACGUCGCAGCAGGGGAUCAUGUGGACCCGCUCGCAGCUCGGCGAGGACGCCACGCUCGCCCGCGAGGAAGAAGCGCAGGGGGUGCUACAACGAUCCUCGAUGCCUCAGAAGCGGUUCAAGCUACUGGAGUCGCUCCGACCGCCCUUUCUGGAUGGGUACCCAUUGGGUCCGUGGCAGAAGAUCAAGAUGUGGUGGUACUCUGGUCACUAUUCGCAGGUCAAGGAGUUGCGCGAUGGCUAUCUGAUCGAGCGGGACGAGGACGCGGAGGAGGCGAUGCGCGAUGCUGAAGGGCGUCUUCGCUUCCGUGGUGCAGAACAGGAGGGGCCAUGGGCAGAGAUCAGCGGUCGCAAAGGCAAAGGCGCAGUGUACAGCGAUCAGGAUCGAAAUGUCGAAGAGGGCCCGCUGAACAGGGUGCGCGCGCGACUCGGGUUGCCGCUGCUACAGCCGCCGCCGAACAAGGAGUUUGAAAGUAGGCAAGGAGUGGUGGAGCGCGCAAGGUUGAAGAUCAAGUCGCUGCUCGGGUUCGACGAGGACGAGGUGGAUGCUAAACAGGAGACUCAAGGGAGACUCGAGCGGAUCGACCGGGAUCGAACCGUCUGA